CCUGGAGCCGGCCGGCCCGGCCAGGAGCCAGGGCCGAGUCCUCGCCAUGCCUGCCCGACUGCUGCUGCUGCUGCUGGCGUUGCUGCUGCCCGGCCCCGGGAUGAGGGGAUCUUUGUUUGUCCAGGCUGCGGGAGUGUUUGUCAUGGAAACCGGAUUUUUUUCAUACAUUUUCUGAACAAACAGUGCCAUCAGAUCCCUCGAACCUGACAUUAUCAUUGAUCGCCAGUUGGGUCAGAGGAGUUUGUUGACCACAGUAACUCAGAUCUCCUUCCUCUUAAAGCAAAUGACGCGUGAUUCCUGAGGAGCCUCCGGGAGUGAGAGAAACACCUGUACAGGGGGCCACAGCUGCAACUGGGAAUGUGAUACUUGAGGCAGUGCCUCUCCACCCUGCUCACUGAGUCACCUGGAGUCACUUAAAUACCCUAUGCCGAGGCCCCCCCACCUCAGAUGAAUGAAAUCAGAAUCUCUAGGAGUGGAGAUUGGCAUUCUUUCUUUAAAAAAAGAAAAUUUUUUUAAAACCCAGGUGACUCUAACAUGCAGCCAGGUUGAAGCCAUCAGGGUGAGAAUGUGUAUGUUGAAGCAGAUCGCCGGAGGGCCCAGUUUGUGAUGCCCUCCUUCCCGUUUCCGAGUGAGAGCUGGGUAUCUGGACAUUCACUGGCCUCGCAGCCCGAAGGGUUUUUACCGCAGGCGCACUGUUGAAAAGCCGCACCGCAGAAGGCCCUGCAGGAGAUGCCCAUCACUGUUUCAACCGCUGCACCUCGGUUGUAACUCAGAGUCCUAAGAGCUGGUGUAGAAACAAGAGGAAACUCACUUCUAAAACUCACAUGAACUGGGCUGGACCAAAUCUAAACUCUGCUGGAAGCUUGUUGACAAAGAUUUUUGGAAGUCCUAGCACUGUGACACUUCCUGAAACCUUGUUGUUUGUGUCAACCCUGGAUGGAAGUUUGCACGCCGUCAGCAAGAGGACAGGCUCGAUCAAAUGGACUUUAAAAGAAGAUCCAGUCCUGCAGGUUCCAACACACGUGGAAGAGCCUGCCUUCCUCCCAGAUCCCAACGACGGCAGCCUGUAUACACUUGGGGGCAAGAAUAAUGAAGGCCUGACGAAACUUCCCUUUACCAUCCCGGAAUUGGUGCAGGCGUCCCCGUGCCGAAGUUCAGAUGGAAUUCUCUACAUGGGUAAAAAGCAGGACAUUUGGUACGUUGUUGACCUCCUGACCGGGGAGAAGCAGCAGACUUUGUCAUCGGCCUUUGCAGAUAGUCUCUGCCCAUCAACCUCUCUUCUGUAUCUUGGGCGAACAGAGUACACCAUCACCAUGUACGACACCAAAACCCGAGAGCUCCGGUGGAACGCCACCUACUUUGACUACGCGGCCACGCUGCCCGAGGACGACGGGGAAUACAAAAUGUCCCACUUUGUGUCCAAUGGCGAUGGGCUGGUGGUAACCGUGGACAGUGAAUCCGGGGACGUCCUGUGGAUCCAGAACUACGCGUCCCCCGUGGUGGCUUUUUACAUCUGGCAGCGGGAGGGCCUGCGGAAGGUGAUGCACGUCAAUGUCGCUGUGGAGACCCUGCGCUACCUGACCUUCAUGUCGGGGGAGGUGGGGCGCAUCACCAAGUGGAAGUACCCGUUCCCCAAGGAGACGGAGGCCAAGAGCAAGCUGACGCCCACCCUGUAUGUGGGGAAAUACUCUACCAGCCUCUACGCGUCCCCCUCAAUGGUACACGAGGGGGUUGCUGUUGUGCCCCGGGGCAGCACCCUUCCUUUGCUGGAAGGACCCCAGACCGACGGUGUCACCAUAGGGGACAAAGGGGAGUGUGUGAUCACGCCCAGCACGGACCUGAAGUUCGACCCCGGGCUCAAAGGGAAGAGCAAGCUCAACUACCUGCGCAACUACUGGCUGCUGAUUGGACACCACGAAACCCCACUGUCUGCGUCUACCAAGAUGCUGGAGAGAUUCCCCAACAAUCUGCCUAAACACCGGGAGAAUGUGAUUCCUGCCGACUCAGAGAAGAAGAGCUUUGAGGAGGUUAUCGACCUGGUUGACCAGACUUCAGAAAACGCACCUACCGCGGUGUCUCCGGACGUGGAAGAGAAGUUCGAUCAUGCCCCCGCCAAGCCCGAGGCCCCUGUGGACUCCAUGCUCAAGGACAUGGCCACCAUCAUCCUGAGCACCUUCCUGCUGGUCGGCUGGGUGGCCUUCAUCAUCACCUACCCCCUGAGCAUCCGGCAGCAGCGGCAGCUCCAGCACCAGCAGUUCCAGAAGGAACUGGAGAAGAUCCAGCUCCUGCAGCAGCAGCAGCUGCCCUUCCACCCCCCUGGAGACGUGGCUCAGGACGUCGAGCUCCUGGACUUGUCCGGCCCGUGCUCGGAGAGCUCGGCCACCAGCAGCCCCAGCACGACCCCCAGAGCCUCCAACCACUCAGUCCACUCCAACGGCUCCGUCUCCAGGGCUGGCGCCAGCCCCUUCCCAGAACAGGACGACGAGGGUGAGGAAAUCAGCAUGGUGAUGGUUGGAAAAAUCUCAUUCUGUCCGAAGGACGUCCUCGGCCAUGGAGCUGAGGGCACAAUUGUGUACCGGGGCAUGUUUGACAACCGCGACGUGGCCGUCAAGAGGAUCCUCCCCGAGUGUUUUAGUUUCGCAGACCGUGAGGUCCAGCUGCUGCGAGAGUCAGAUGAGCACCCGAACGUGAUCCGUUACUUCUGUACGGAGAGGGACCGGCAGUUCCAGUACAUCGCCAUCGAGCUGUGUGCGGCCACCCUGCAGGAGUAUGUGGAACAGAAGGACUUUGCCCACCUCGGCCUGGAGCCCAUCACCUUGCUGCAGCAGACCACCUCAGGCCUGGCCCACCUGCACUCCCUCAACAUCGUUCACAGAGACCUGAAGCCCCACAACAUCCUCCUCUCCAUGCCCAACGCACACGGCAGGAUCAAGGCCAUGAUCUCCGACUUUGGCCUCUGCAAGAAGCUGGCCGUAGGCAGGCACAGCUUCAGCCGCCGCUCAGGGGUGCCCGGCACAGAAGGCUGGAUCGCCCCGGAGAUGCUGAGCGAAGACUGCAAGGAGAACCCUACGUACACGGUGGACAUCUUCUCUGCGGGCUGUGUCUUUUACUACGUGAUAUCUGAGGGCAGCCACCCUUUUGGCAAAUCCCUGCAGCGGCAGGCCAACAUCCUCCUAGGCGCCUACAGUCUCGACUGCCUGCACCCCGACAAGCACGAAGAUGUCAUUGCCCGGGAGUUAAUAGAGAAGAUGAUCGCAAUGGACCCUCAGAAGCGCCCGUCCGCGAAGCACGUGCUGAAACACCCAUUCUUCUGGAGCCUAGAAAAGCAGCUCCAGUUCUUCCAGGAUGUGAGUGACCGGAUAGAGAAGGAGGCCCUGGACGGCCCGAUAGUGAAGCAGCUGGAACGCGGCGGGCGGGCCGUGGUGAAGAUGGACUGGCGGGAGAACAUCACCGUCCCCCUGCAGACAGAUCUGCGUAAAUUCAGAACCUAUAAAGGUGGCUCCGUCCGAGAUCUCCUCCGGGCCAUGAGAAAUAAGAAGCACCACUACCGGGAGCUGCCCGAGGACGUGCGGGAGACGCUGGGCCCUCUCCCCGAUGGCUUCGUGAGCUACUUCACCUCGCGCUUCCCCCACCUUCUCUCGCACACCUACCGCGCCAUGGAGCUGUGCCGGCGCGAGAGACCUUUCCAGCCCUACUACCACGAGCCCCCCGAGCCCCGGCCCCCAGUGACUCCAGACGCCCUCUGAGCCGGGCGGCCUCCGUGCUGUGCUGGUGGCCCCGCUGGGACUGAGGGCCUGUCUCUGCAAGCCACGGCCUGGUGCCUCCCGCCGAGCAGGGGGACCAGGCUCUGAAGCCAAGUGCCUUGAGCUGGGCGCUCUGCAGCCCGCCCGGGAGGAAGACCCGGGAAGUGGGAGAGGUGACCCCCCUUGCCCCGACCCGCGAGGGAGCUGGGAAGACACUGGCCGUGAGAGUUUGACCGUCGAGGGACGUCUGUGAAGGAGGGCCAGUCCCAGAGGCAGAGAGGAGCGCCCUCCACCUUCUCCUGGAUAAACUCACUUCAGAACUUGCAUUUCUUUCGAAACGUCCUGUUUGGUGCCAUCCUGUAGGAAGAGAGACGAGGGAACCCUCGGUGCUGCCUACGUGCUGAAACCAGGAGCGCCUCUCUCAGACCAGCUAGGCCGAGGUGCACUAAGUGCAGCCCCUGCCAGAGGCAGGGCUCCAGAGGAGAGGGUGCCCGGGAGGAGGACCUUCAGAAGGUGUUGUCCCCGGGAUCAGAGGUGCCUCACUGAUCACAAACGCGCCUGCAGGUUCCAACGUCACUGAAACCAGUGUUUCCUUGGGGGCAGCGAGAGCCUUGCGGGUGGGGGCGCAGUGUGGGGACAGUCCAGCCCGGCACUCUGCCAGGUGAGGCUGUGUCUGCGGGUCUUCCAGAAACAGAGGAUGCUGUGUUCUGGGGCAGCUGCGGCCCAGGGCACCCGUGGCCUGAAUGGUGGCCUCUGGUGGAUUUGUGCCUUGGGCCACUUGGGGAUGUUUUGGAGCAUUUAGGGGCAAGUGGUGAUAAGUCCUCUGUCCACGAAGGAGAGCAGCGCAGACCCAGGCAGGUACAGACCUUGGGGAUCGGAGGGGAGCAGACCAGAUGGGACACUCAUGGCCACCCAGGGAGAGCCCUGGCCAGCGGGUGGGCGAUGAGACUGCUCUGUCCGUGGGGCCCGCAGGAUGGGCCGGGCGUGGAGGGCUGAAGCCAGGGUCACCACACACUUCGUGGGCAGGCUUUUAUGUUUCUCUUGGCAGAUUUUAAUAACUUCAUAUUUUGAUCAUACUGUAGAAUGCUACAUUAGCGUGAGCUAAACUUAACUUGUAGCUUACUCAUGAGGAAGUAAUGCAAGGUAUAUAAUACAUCUUCUGUUUUGUAGGGUCCCCAAAGUCCCAUCCCCUGCAGAAAGAGUGUUCCUAUGUAGAACGCUUUAAUGCUGAAGCGUAAAACGUUAUAGCAACACCAUGUACAUGUAUGAAACAGCCUCAAAGUAAUACUAAAAUGUGUCAGUACCAUGGGGUUUUCCCCCUAAAAUUAAUAGAAUUUUUAACUUUAGUUUUAGUCAAAAAUUCCUCUGUCUUUUCUCUACCAAGAGCCUUAGAGGUUAAAUGCAAUCAGGGUACCGUUUUCUGUGUGCUUUCUCCAGCUGGGGGAACGGGUCAUUGCAGUUCGGUCCUGGUGAACUCAGAGACUCCACUCACGAGGAAGAAAGUUACUAUCGAGUUUUACUAACUGACAGAGACAUCGCUGUUUCUUCUCCUUGUGGGAUGUUUCCUGGUGGUGGAUUUGAACGAGGGCCACUCAUCAAAAGUACUCAUUCUGCCUUCAGAGAAUUCAGUUCCCUUCCUUUCCUAAUACCUAAAGUCACUUUUUUUCCCCUCCUUUAAUAUUACCCUACAUCUUUAAACCUCAUCCGUUACCUCAUUUCGACCUGGGAACCCCGGCAUCCUUGGUCAGCAUCGUGGGGUCCUGUACUCGUGUUUCGCUGUGCCUCUGGACCUGAUGGUGAGAGGGUCCGAGGUGGAGAAGGCACCACGCGUGAUUUAAAGGACCGUCAGCUUCCUGUGCUGCCAGGGGGGCAGGGGGUGGGGGGCCUACGUUGCCUCAUUGUUGCUGCUGAAUGUUCUCUCUGGGGAGUGGCCGGGUCAUUCCCAGCAGCCCAGGGUUUGUGUCACCUCUCUGGUUUGGCCCAGCUUGCCUCCAGGACAGCCUUUUUUUUUUUUUUUUUAAUGCCUUCUCUGCUUGCGAUACUAGUUUUUAACCACCCACCUUUCCCAGCCUCAUUUAUUCAGUGUAUUUUAUUUGAGCACUUGUUUUAUGUAUGAGCUGGGCAGAAUAUCGGGUGCUAGAGACGCAGGUGAACGCAGCAGGCAAAACCUCGGCUUUCACACGAGCCGGUGAUCGAGAGACGGCAGGGCGUGCUUAUCGGUGCUGUGGAGAAGACGCGGGGUGGGGAGGGGCGUGCAUUUGGGGUUUGCACCCAUCAGAGCCGGUCAGGUCGCCUUUUCUCCUUCUCUCCAUCACCUUUGGGAACCCAGUUGUCACCCGUCAGUCCUCCAGGUGGCCGGAAGAGGUCUCGUGUGGGCUCCUGUCAUGAAGACGCCUUGGGCACCAUCUGGUUUAUCCCAUCCUGGUCUCUAGAAUUCUAGUUUCCUGUUGUGCUGGGCACAGCGGGACAGUAUCUUUCUUUCUCGAAAAGAGGAUUCUGCAGCCUGCCACAUCCUGCCACCGCUGUUUGAUCUUUGGUACGAUUCCUGGAAGGCUGUUAGAUUUUUUACAAGUACACCUUCUUCAUCUUUAAGACAGAAUUUUGUCACAUUUGUUAGGACACCGUAAUCUAUUUAAAUCUUGUGUUGAACCUCUUGUUGAGUCUGUCUCUGGCACGUCUGCCAGAAUUCUCAUGUUGCUUCUUGAGUCUUUUUAACUUCAGUUUUUAGAGAGCUCCACCAGGCACCAGAGCGUCUGCACUGUUGGGAAUCACUGGUGUUAUGUCACUAGACCACCUGGUAGCAUCUCCCCUUCACUCACCUCAAGAGUCGUCAUAGGCUCUUCCCAGGGACAUAUCAUUCCGACCCAUUACGUGUAUUUCAGUGGAAGAUCCUGAGGUAAGUGGGUCCAGCAAAGUGCCUCCUUCCCACCAACUCGAGAAGAAAGAUCCUUAUCAGAGUUUGCCCUGAUCCUUUGGGGGAGGUUUUGUGUGAAUGAGAUUCAUUUAUCUCUGCAGUGAAAGAGAUGAACUUGUGGUUGAUCUGAUCUCGAAGAUGGGGGUGGGGGGGCGCGCUUUGGGUUGUAGGGCUUUCUCUUCUUGGCCACUUUCUUCUCUGAAGUUGGACUGUGGCCAGACUUGGAUUUCCUGGGGCUGUUCCCAUUGUGCAUCUCUGUUCAUCAGAUCCUCAGCCUUGAGGUCCUCCAGGAAGGUGAGCUGGUUCCGUUAUCACAGCCUUCUGUGCCAGAAAGGCUGGAAGACAGAGCACAGCACACCUGUAAGGAGUCUCUUACAAUUCUCUUUAGCUUUCUCUCUGCUCAUGUAUCUCCUGAAGUCCCUCUUCUUCAUAUUUCCCAGUGUCUCUUUUCCUUGGCCACCCUUCACCAUCCUGGAGUAGCUGUUUCAGUUGACCGUGGUCUGGCAUGUUGGCCUUGCCUGGAAGAAAGUCACCAGGUGUCCCGUACAGAUGAGCCAGAAUUCUGCCUUCCAGGGUCAGACCGUUAUCCUUUAAACCAAAGUGUCUACUCUUCCUAUACUUGGUUUUCUUUAUGAAACAGUGAUUUCCCACGAGUGACUGGUUCUAAUUUUUGUAUUGGCGUUUAAAUCCUCUCUGUAUUCACUGGAAAACCACACAGACAGAUUCUGCAAUGAGCCUCCCCCUGGAGCAGCCUUGACCAACACUUCCAGCCAAAGUCCCCACCCGCUCACCUCACCCCAUGCUCUUGAGUGUCCGGCAGGUACAGUGUUCCUUUCCAGUGUCUCAGAAGCUGUGACGGGGGAGUCCCCACUUACCUAGAAAGCAUUACCAGUCAACUCUGCAGCAUUCUCAGAUGCAAACCUUAUGUAGUGUUCUUUUUUGCAAUGACCUAUUUAUUUAACCUAUUUAUAUUUAUUUAAUUUUACUCUGAAGCGUAUCCAGUGACAAUUGCACUUGCUUAAAGCACAUCAGAUUUGCUUCGGACCAUAUCCUUGACCAUUUUAAAACUGGAAAAGGAAAAGUUAUACUGUAUCCUUCCACGGGAUGGAUGCCUUACAGUAGUUUUGUCAUUAAAGGGUGAAUAAUUUGGUCGGGGUAAAAACUGUUAAUUUUUAAGUGAUUUAAAAAAAAAAUUCUCUGCCUUUUUGUCUCCUCUGUGGACGGUUCACUGUUUAAUGGGUGUGUGUCAGUUGUGUGAUACAAUCCUCUCUGUGGAACCUGAAGUCCUCUUUUUAGCUUUAUAUUUUAUAAACUGCCAGAUUGUACAAUUUUUACGUGUAUUUUUCACGCUUGAUGAUGUGAAGGUAAUUGUCUAUGUGAAAGGCCUAUUUUUGUACCUCCUGUACAGGUUUUUAAUUCUGCUGAUUGAUAAUGGCACCUUAUGUCAAGCCAACCACAAAUAAAGGCAGUUUUAGAUU